CAUGAAAAUUGUCAUAAUCUGCUUGAUUGUCAUAGCAACAACAGGUGUGAAAGGACAUGAAGGAGACAAAAGGAGGCCAAACUCAUGCAGAUUCACCAAUGAAUGUUGGCAGAGACAAUGGUGUGACAUGGGUAAAUGCAAACCUAUGGUAGCAAUAGGACUACCAUGCAGAAAAAAUGAUGAAUGUAUUCACCUUUCAAAGUGUGUACCAUUGGGAAAUGGCACUUGUGAGGAAACUUGUAGAGUUGACAGUGACUGCUUACAAUUCAAAGAUGGCAAACACAAGUACUGCAGUGUGGGAGGAACUGCUGCCACACAGAAAGGCAGAUGUGAGAUGAAACAUGAAAGGGGAUAUCGCUGUGGGAGAGGACCAGAAUGCGCUGGUAAAAUGUUCUGCAAAAAUGGACAAUGCAGUAUGGCUGAGGAGGUGGUCCA